UGUUCUCGUCGUGGUCGUCGCUGCCGAGCUGGACGCAAACGCAGGGCAAGCUACGACGGUGCUUACUCUCUUGGAAAUUCCCAAGCGAUGAUCCGUGAACUUGGAAUGUAGACGGAAGGGCGGAAAAGCGGAUCUGCCCCUCGCAGGAUCGAAGGAAGGGCUUUUCCUCCACCUCCGCCAUCGUCUUCGCCGCUGCCUCACCCUCGAGUAUCUCCAACCUCCGCAUCGAUUCCAACACCGCGAGGACACGAUGCCAAGAAACCGAAGUUCCUUGACCAAGUUCGAGGCCCUGAUGGUGCUAAGUUUAACGGUGCUGGUGCAACUGGACGUCUGCUGGUGCAUGUCAUCUCACAGAAGUAGACACCACGCGGACAUGUCGUACGAGGACGCAAAGAGCUUCAGAGCCAGCGAGGAGUUGCCUAGACCAGCCGCCCUGAAUUCGAACGAUGAUCCGCUGAUAGUUCAGACCAGGAAGGGCAAGGUCAAGGGUAAGACCAUGACUGCCACCACGGGAAAGGAGGUCGACGCCUGGUUCGGGAUCCCUUACGCGCAGAAACCUCUCGGACGGCUGAGGUUCCGGCAUCCGAGACCGGCGCAACGUUGGUUCGGGAUCUUAAACGCCACCACGCUGCCGAAUAGCUGCGUGCAGAUUCUGGACACGGUGUUUGGCGACUUCGCAGGUGCGACUAUGUGGAAUCCGAACACGCCGUUGAGCGAGGAUUGCCUUUACGUGAACGUGGUCGCGCCACGGCCUAGGCCUACCAAUGCCGCUGUUAUGGUAUGGAUAUUCGGUGGUGGCUUUUACUCCGGAUCGGCGACCCUCGACGUUUACGAUCACAAAACCCUGGUGUCCGAGGAGAACGUGAUUCUAGUCUCGAUGCAGUAUCGAGUCGCCAGCCUGGGUUUCCUGUACUUCGGAACCUCGGAUGUUCCUGGGAACGCCGGUCUGUUCGAUCAGAUGAUGGCCCUUCAGUGGGUCCGCGACAAUAUCGCUGCCUUUGGCGGAAAUCCUGACAACGUGACCCUGUUCGGAGAGAGCGCGGGCGCCGUUUCCGUUUCUAUGCACCUCCUUUCGCCUCUGUCAAGGCAUCUCUUCAGCCAAGCCAUCAUGCAGUCCGGCUCCCCUACCGCACCUUGGGCGAUCAUAUCGCGCAAGGAGUCCAUCAUGCGGGGCAUACGACUGGCAGAGGCGGUCGGUUGUCCACACGAUCGCGACAAUAUCGAAGAGGUGAUCGAUUGUUUGCUGAUGAAGAAUCCGAUCGAACUGGUGAAGAGCGAGUGGGGCACUCUGGGCAUCUGCGAGUUCCCCUUCGUCCCCGUGAUCGACGGCGCGUUCCUCGACGAGACGCCGCAACGCUCGCUGGCCACCUCGUCUUUCAAGAAGGCAAACAUCAUGAUGGGCUCCAACACCGAGGAAGGUUUCUACUUUAUUAUUUACUAUCUCACCGAGCUGUUUCACAUCGACGGUGCCGAGGACGUAAAGGUCAGCAGGGAGCAGUUCGUUAGCGCCGUUUCCGAACUAAAUCCGUACGUCAAUCAGAUCGGAAGGCACGCCAUUAUCUACGAAUACACCGACUGGCUGCAUCCGGACGACCCCCACGUGAAUCGCGACGCCCUGGAUAAAAUCGUCGGCGACUAUCAGUUCACUUGCAACGUGAACGAAUUUGCCGGCCGGUACGCCGACACCGGCAACACCGUUUACAUGUAUUAUUACAAGCACAGAUCCGCGAACAAUCCGUGGCCGAGAUGGACCGGGGUCAUGCACGCCGACGAAAUUAGCUAUAUCUUCGGCGAGCCGUUGGACCCCUCCAAAGGAUACACCACCGAGGAGGUCAACCUGUCCAAGAAAAUGAUGAGAUACUGGGCCAACUUUGCCAAGACAGGGGACCCGAAUAUCGGAGACUCCGAGAUAUGGACGCAACCCUACUGGCCUCCGCACACUGCCGCGAAAAAGGAAUACCUCACACUGGACACCAACAGCUCGGAGAUCGGCAAUGGACCUAGAGCGAGACAGUGCACUUUCUGGAAGCAAUACCUUCCGCAACUCCUCGCCGCCACUUCGAAACUGGAGCUCGCCUCGAAGGAGACGUGCAGCGGCACGAGAGUAAACGGCGACGGGGGACAUUGGUUGCUGGUGUUGGGAUUGCUGCUGAUCGGUGCCCUGUUCAGCCAGAGAGUGGCCGCCAUUCAGACCGGUACGAACGACGUACCGCGAGACUUGGAGCCCAGGGGCUUGGUCUAGCUCGUCGGUGGUCGAGAGGGCCAAAGGUCGCGACCAACGCGAUGCGAGCACGGACCAGCGAAACGAUCCACGACCUUCUAAAGCGUGUUAACGAGUCAUAUCGAGCAUCGCCGAUAUCGAGGCAAGAAGCGAAACAGACACAUAUCAAUGCAGUGGAGGGCGCUCGAUCGACCCGACACCCGAGGUGAUCGCGUCUCCUCUUCGUCAGUGAGAAAGAUUUUAAUCCGACCGACAGAUCUACUACGGUAUCUCGCCCCCUUGGCUAGGGGUCGGGUAGAAACUGUGCGCUAGACGACGGACUCGAAGAUUUCCUUCGACCGACGUGUCCGCGUCGUCGACAAGUGUCGUUUUACCUUUCCAUUUCGUUUUCUCUCCUCCCACUUCCUUCCCCCCUUUCUUCCU